AUGGCGACCAACGUAGCCCUAGAAACCUCAAUGGGCACCAUCGUCGUCGAGCUCUACACCUCGCACGCGCCCAAGACGUGCAAGAACUUCAGCACGCUCGCCCAGCGCGGGUACUACGACGGCGUCAUCUUCCACCGGAUCAUCCCGAACUUCAUGAUCCAGGGCGGCGACCCCUCUGGGACGGGCCGCGGCGGCGCGUCCAUCUACGGCGACAAGUUCGAGGACGAGAUCCGCGCCGACCUCAAGCACACGGGGGCCGGGAUCCUGUCCAUGGCCAACUCCGGGCCAAACACCAACGGCAGCCAGUUCUUCGUCACGCUGGCCCCGACGCCCUGGCUCGACGGCAAGCACACCAUAUUCGGCCGUGUGCGGAGCGGCAUGGGCGUCGUCAAGCGCAUGGGCAUGGUCAAGACAGACGGCGAGGACAGGCCCGAGCAGGAGGUCAAGAUCGUCAGGGCGCGUGUCGUAGAGGAGGGUGAUGAGCUUUGA